AUGUCUGAAUUACUUUGUGGACCGGAUCUCUACGACCUCCCAACUAACGAGGCUGAAAAAGCAAUGGCUCUAAUUGACGUGGAAGAAUCGAUGCUAAAGAUUAUUCUACCGCACAAUAGAGGCAAUAAUAUCUUCGGAACAGGACGAAGAGUGACUGAGAAAGCGCCAAGAAAGACGUAUUUUCAGUACUGGACUGACCAGAUGUCUGAGGUGCCAUAG